GGGUCCGGCCCCUGCCCUGGGCCCCUGACCCGGCGCGCGGUCUGCCGUCCGCUGCGCUGCUGCCCGCUGCUGCCCGCUGCUGCGCCCGUUGCCAUGGUGAUGCUGAAGGGGGUCCCGCGCCUGCUGUCCCCGGACCUGCUCUUCGCCCUGGCCAAGAUGGGCCACGGGGACGACAUCGUUCUCGCAGAUGCCAACUUCCCCACGUCCUCCGUGUGCCAGUGUGGCCCAGUGGAAAUCCGAGCGGACGGAGUGGGCGUCCCUCAGCUCCUGGAAGCCAUUUUGAAGCUGCUGCCCCUGGACACGUACGUGGACAGUCCGGCAACCGUCAUGGACCUGGUGGAGGGAGAUAAGGCCAAGGGUCUCACGACACCUGUGUGGACAGAGUUUCAGAUGCUCCUUUCCCAGGCCGGAUGCAAUAAAGCCCUGGAAAAGAUAGAAAGAUUUGAUUUUUAUGAACGGGCCAAAAAGGCAUUUGUUGUGGUUGCAACUGGGGAAACAGCUCUGUAUGGGAACCUGAUCCUCAAGAAAGGUGUGAUUACUUCCUCAGAGCUGCAGUAACAACUGCAGAGUCGGGCCCGGUGCCGGAAGCCAAACUAGGCCUUCAUCCAUCCGUCAUUACGGCCAUUAUUCCCGGCCCUUAAAAGACACCACCUCAGUUCUCCAGGAAAUCGGGCAGGCUCCGAGAAUAAAAGUCAUCUGCUUAGUGGCUCCCUC